GGAAGUCUGGUGGUUGCGGGGCAUUUUAUGGACAGAUUGCAGUAAUGAAGGAAGCCUGGUGGUUGAGGGGCAGAUUAUGGACAGAUUGCGGUAAUGAGGCUGAGGCUCCCUAGUUAAAGAACUAGGAGCGAACCAGCUAUGGACAAUUGGCGUUGCCUAAGCUCAAGCAGUUCAGAUGAGCCCCGACAGGCAGCUAACCUGCGUGGAUAUGGGGUGACAAGUUUCUCCAGCAGUGGGGGCCCAGGCACCUUGUCUGUUCUUUUCCAACUGCUGGCAUCUCUGUUCUUUUUCAGGAGCUUCAGGUCCAUGGUGCUACAGGCUCUAGGGCCCAAAGCCUGGUCCAGGCUCUCUCAGUUCAAACCUCGAGUCCUUCUCCGGAUCCCAGGAGGCGAAACUCUGUAUGUAAAGUCCCGACACUGGUCAGGGCAGGGCCAGCCCAAAGGCCCUGGGCUAAGAACCAGGCUGCUGAUCACUGCUGUGUUUGGAGCUGGGCUGGGCUGGGCCUGGCUGGCAGCAAGAGCUGAGAAGGAACAGAGGCACCAACAGCAACGGACAGAGGCCCUGCGCCAGGCUGCUGUGGGCCAGGGUGACUUCAGCCUACUGGACCACAAAGGCCAGCCGCGAUGUAAAGCCGACUUUCGAGGCCAGUGGGUACUGAUGUACUUUGGCUUCACUCACUGCCCUGAUAUCUGCCCUGAUGAGCUGGAAAAACUGGUCCAGGUGGUCCAGAAGCUGGAGGCAGAGCCUGACCUGCCCCUGGUGCAGCCUGUCUUCAUCACUGUGGACCCAGAACGGGAUGAUGUGGCAGCCAUGGCCCGGUAUGUGAAGGACUUCCACCCAAGACUGCUGGGUCUGACUGGUUCGAAAGAACAAGUGGCCCAAGCUAGUCGCAACUACCGUGUAUACUACAGUGCUGGCCCCAAGGAUGAGGACCAGGACUAUAUUGUGGACCACUCCAUUGCUAUUUACUUGCUCAACCCAGACGGUCUUUUCACGGACUACUAUGGUCGAAGCCGGUCAGCAGAGCAGAUUGUAGACAGUGUACGUCAGCACAUAGCUGCCUUCCAAAGCAUCCUGCCCUGAACAUCCUACCUAGGCCCUGUCGGUAAAUAAAUGAAUGUACUUA